AGAAGAAGUCAAGAGAAAAUUCCACCCCAAGCUUUGGAUUUGACCUUAGAAGAAACGAACAAAUGGAAAUUCUUGUAAAUGGAGACUUAAAGGGGAGAGGUUUAGGGCUCAGAGAGAUCAAAGACUUGGAAGUAAAAUGGAUUCCAAGAAAAUCCUUUCAACUUUUUUCUUCUUCUUUUUCACUCUUCUUACGCUCUCUCGUCAAUCCCGUGUUCCAUCUCCGGAUUCUGUAUCUCCGCUGCCUUCUCCGUCGCCGUCUCCGUUGCCGUCGCGGUCACCGGCUCCCGGGCCAAGUGAUGCGGGGUGUUGGCUUUUUUCAGAGAGUUGCCGUAACCGUAGUUUAGCGGCGUGCAUUGAUCCUUCGUCAUCCGCUUCAAAGGAAUUAUUACUACUUGUCAGGAAUGAUGGUGAGAAACCCCUAGAAGUGAAAGUCACUGUCUCACAUGCUAAGCUUCUCAUCAAGAACAUCCCAAUAGCAGCACACAAAAUAAAUAAGGUUAAUGUUUCAGCAAAUCUUGGAGGAAAUUCAUCCAUACUAUUAGAUGCUGGAGAGUUGAAGUGUGUAAUUCGCAUAAGAUCACCAGCAUCAAGUGGUGGCAUCUUCGAUUAUAUCCCUUUUGCCACACACAUAACCCGUAUCAAUGGAGCUUACUUACUGCUUCUAACAGGUCUGAUCUUUGGUAGUACCUGGGCCUGCUACAAGCGGGGGAGCAGGGGACAGCAGGGCGAUGGAAUCCCAUAUCAGGAGCUUGAAAUGGGGCAGCAACCUGAUUCACCUUCAGCUAACAAUGUGCGAACAUUUGGGGGUUGGGAACAAGAAUGGGAUGGUGACUGGGAUGAGUUAAAGUCAGACACAGCAAUAGGACAUCAAAUGGCAAAUGGAUCAGGUAACAUCCUUACUUCCAGGCCACCCAAAAGAGAUGGUGAGACAAAUACUUGGGAUGAUUAGGAUGAGAAUCAGCAACAGGGGAAAAUGAAAAGUGUUGUAGAACAAAAAAUUAGAUAUCAGUACCGCCUUUUUUCUCUCACGGGGAAUGAAAAAUUCAAGUGUUCCUUGUGUCUACUGUUUAAGUUAGAAGCAAUGAAAACAAUUUUGGUCUAUAAAACUUUGUUCAACAGCAAACCAGCUCUCAAUGCAAACUUGAAGAUGUCUGUUGCUAACAAGUUUCUCACUCUUAUCACAAUUGAGGAUGCAGCUUUUGAUAGAAAGUUCAUAAACAAGAAUUUGAACUCAAACCAAAAAACCUCUUGUAUUAAUAAGGAUAUCAGGCUAUGACCAAAGACUAUAAACAUCUUAUUCCUCUUUGGACGAUAUGUUAAACUGAAUUUAUAAAUU